UUAGUUUAUAUUUAAUUCGCAGUCUGUGCGGGUUGGGUGUACGAAGUCAGAGUCAAAGUAACGUUAUAACGACAAGUGAACAAUAUGAAUCCAUCGUUUACGAUAUUCCUGAUAGCAUGUCUGCUAGCGUCAGUUCAUCUAACAUUAGCUCAAAGCGAAGGAAAAAAGUGUUCAGUAAAUGGAGAUUGUGACGAUCAAUCAGCAUGCAUUAACCGUCGAUGCGUUGAGCCCUGCCUAUUAAACGUAUGCGGCGAAAACGCAGCAUGUGCAACAAUCAAACACACUCCCAUUUGCAAUUGCCCACCCAACUAUACUGGGGAUCCAUUUGUUAUAUGUGAACCAGACGUGGAAUGUCCACCGAACACAUGCGGAACCAAUACAGUAUGCAAAGAUCGUCACGGUGCUCCAAUUUGCACAUGCCUUAAUGGAUACGUCGGUAAUCCAAUGAUUGGAUGUCACCGUGAGUGCGAGUCAAACGAUGAAUGUGGCAACGAAGGACGUUGUACAAACUUCUUGUGCUAUCCUGAUGUCGCACCAGGUGGAUUCAUCCGGCUCGAUGAUAGCGAAAUCAAUCCGGAGCAUCCUUGUGAUCCGAACCCAUGUCGUGGAUAUAAUGAGUUUUGUCGCGAGUUAAAGGGCCAUGCUUUCUGUCAAUGUCGGUAUGCACCUUUUAGACGACUUCCUGAAUCCGGCUGUAAUCCUGAAUGUGGAACUAAAUUCGAUUGUCCCGCAAAUGAAACCUGCAUCAGUAACAAAUGUGUUAAGUCUUGCCCAGGCGACUGUAGCCCCAGCGAAGAAUGUUUUGUUUUCAAUCAUCAAGCAAAGUGUCGUCCAAAAAAUUCUCGUCCAGAGUGUUCUUCAAACAAUGACUGCUCAUCAGAGAAAGCUUGUGAUGGAUAUAAAUGCGUUGAUCCAUGUCUCGAUUAUUGCGUCGAGCGUCAUGCUGAUUGCCAAAUUGUGAAUCAACAACCGAUUUGCAAUUGCAAACCAGGAUACCAUCGACACUCUUACGGUGGAUGCUACCGAGAUGGCGUUAUAUAUUAUGUGGAGUGAUGAGGUGCGUGCACUUUGAAUGUCAACACAAAAGACAGCCUUUCUUAGUGAGAGAUUGGCCGUUCCAAUUAUCUACAAUUUACUCAUAGUUUGAAUAAAGUAAUUUGAAUUAACACUC